AUGCAUUUCAAGAACUCCGUCCUUCUUGCGACGGCCCUGACCGCUGGGUCCGCUGUCGCUCGUCUUCACGGCCACGACCGCCGUCACGCCCACCCCAAGGUCGACGAUGUCGAGAUCCCUGCCGCUCCCGCUACCACUGACGGUCCCAAGGCCGAUGUCGAUGUCGAGAAGCGUGGCGAUGACAUGGUCUAUGCUACCAUUGAUGGUGUCCUGCAGUCCUGGAUCAACAACUGGUUCGGCGAGGUCUCUGAGUCCACUUCCACCUCCACCUCUACUUCUACUUCUACCUCCUCCACCAUCACUCCUACCUCGACUGUGACUCCUGUUCCGACCUCUGGCUCCGGCUCCGGCUCCAGCUCCGGUUCCAGCUCGGGUGGCACUUGGUACAACACUCCUUCCAACGGCCAGUAUAACAAGGCCGCUUUUGGUGGGGCCCAUGAUACCAAGGGUAAAGUCACUGGCGACAAGGACUGGGACUACAUCGGCAACGUCGGUAGCCCCUGGGGUAGCAACAUCGCCUUGGUUGACGAGGCUGAUGCCAGCUCGUACAAGCACGUCAUUCGUUUCGAGGGCGCCCACGACGAACCUUUCAACGUCCUCUUCUGGAACACGUAUGGCCCUGAUGGCAAGAUGGACGGUUUCUGGAGUCCCAACGCUGCUCUGCAGUUUUCCCUUCCCAAGGGAGCUGUCAAGUACGUCGCCAUCGAUGACAACUCUCAGGGUGGUUGGGCUGCCUCUCAGGGUAAAAUCCCCACAACCAACUUCGGCCAGUAUGCCUCCACCUGGGGUGAAUUCGACAUGAGCAGCGAGAAGAACGACGGCUAUUCCGGCUAUGACGUUUCCUGCAUCAUUGCUCAGCUUAACGAUCUCGAUAUUCUGGGCAUGCGUAUCUGUGACCACGCUGGAGAUGACUGCUCCUACAUCGGCAGUGGUCUGCUUGGUGGCCUCCUCAACGCCUACACCUCCGCCGACCAGGGUAACGAUCACCUCGCCGUCUCGAAGAAUCCUGGCCCCGUUCGUCUGGUUGUCGACCUCGACUACGCCACUUAA